UACGUGGCCGUUGGCGACCGUUGGUGGCUGUUGGGUUCCACGGGCGCCGGAGCCCCCUCCAGCGCGGGGCUGCCCUGCCUGGCUGCGGCUCGCCCGCCUUUCCCGGCCAUGGAUUUGGAGGCGGUUGCGAGGUGCUCGGCGCGGCACGCCAAGCCCGCCGGGCUCGCCAUGCACUACGGCACCGCCGGCUUCCGCGGCCGCGCGCCCAGCCUCGACCACGUCAUGUUCCGCAUGGGCGCCCUGGCCGUGCUCAGGGCCAGGGCCACCGCCUCCGCCAUCGGCGUCAUGGUCACCGCCUCGCACAACCCCGAGGAAGAUAAUGGUGUAAAGCUGAUUGAUCCUCAUGGUGAAAUGUUGCAUCCUUUGUGGGAAGAAUAUGCUACACAGCUGGCAAAUGCAGAGGAGCAAGAACUGCAGAAAGUAAUGACUGAAAUCUGCCAAAAAGAAGCCGUGGACCUGCACAGAGAUGCUUUGGUUUUUAUCGGAAGAGACACCAGACCAAGCAGCUUGAAGCUUUCCCAGGCAGUGAUGGAUGGUGUCUGCGUUCUAGGAGGGCAAUACCAUGAUUAUGGUCUGGUGACAACACCACAGCUGCAUUACAUGGUCUGCUGCCAUAACACCCAAGGACAGUAUGGGAAGGCGACGCUGGAGGGUUAUUAUGAAAAACUAUCCAAAGCUUUUGUAGAACUGAUUAAAAAGGCUAAUUCUUCCAGCUCUGGAGAUCGUCAGAGGCAUCUGAAGAUCGACUGUGCCAAUGGAAUAGGAGCCCUGAAACUAAGGGAAAUGGAGCGCUACUUUCCACAGGAGGUGCUGAUUCAGCUGUACAACGACGGAAGCAGGGAGAAGCUCAAUCACUUGUGUGGUGCAGAUUAUGUAAAAGUUCAUCAGAAGCCACCAAGAGGGCUAGACAUGAAGCCUAAUGAGAGAUGCUGCUCAUUUGAUGGAGAUGCAGAUAGGAUUGUUUAUUACUAUAAGGACGCAGAUGACCAUUUUCAUCUAAUCGAUGGAGAUAAAAUAGCAACUUUAAUUAGUAUCUUCCUUAAAGAACUUCUUGUCAAGGUGGAACGGACCCUGACGGUGGCAGUGGUGCAGACGGCCUACGCCAACGGGAGCUCCACGCGCUACCUCGAGGAGACCAUGAAGGUGCCUGUUCACUGUGUGAAAACUGGCGUGAAGCACCUGCACCACAAGGCACAGGAGUUCGACGUCGGGGUGUACUUUGAGGCCAAUGGACAUGGCACGGUGUUGUUUAGUAAAGCUGCCGAAACGAAGAUAAGACAACUGGCAAAAGAGGAAAAAGAUGAUGAAAGGAGGGAAGCAGCAAAGAUGCUUGAGAACGUGAUAGACCUGAUUAAUCAGACGGUUGGCGACGCUAUCGCRGACAUGCUGGUUAUCGAGGCAAUCCUGGCUUUGAAGGGUCUCACCGUGCAGCAGUGGGACAGCAUCUACACCGACCUGCCCAACCGGCUGCUCAAAGUUCAGGUCGCCGACAGGCAGGUCAUUUGCACGACGGACGCGGAGCGGCGGGUGACGGCGCCGCCGGCACUGCAGGCCGCCAUCGACGCCCUCGUGAGCACGCGGCAGGCGGCGCGAGCCUUCGUCCGCCCCUCGGGCACCGAGGACACCGUGAGGGUCUACGCCGAGGCCCACACACAGGAGGCGGCCGAUGCCCUGGCGCACGAGGUGAGCGCGGCUGUUCACCGCCUGGCCGGCGGUGUGGGAGCGCCGCCCCAGCCUGCAGCGCCCGCCACCCUCCUCACCUGACUGGCUCCCUGUUGCUUCAGCAGCGGCUACGGUGCCUUUAUCAAGCUCUUCUUGAGUGUAAAAGGGAUUAAUCAGGACUGAGCACACUGCUUCUCCCCUGUGAUUUCUUACCUUGUAGGUAACGUACCUCUUACUAUGCUGCUCUCGUGCUGGGUGUUCCUCCCUCCCUGAGUGUCCCUUCCUGCGUGCCCUGAGUGUCCCUUCCUGACAGACCGGGGCCACGUCACGGCYAGAGAGGCAGCUCCAAAUGGGUCUUCCAAGCGGGUGGCCCUUUCC